AUCUCUUCCCCACGAUGCAGCUCUCUCGCGCCCAGUUUCGACCCGACACGUCUCUAGCCGACACCGGCAGAGACUGACUGCGCAUGCAUUCGCACCUGCUCAAUGAAGCGCGCCAAGACGAAUUCUUUCAAUGGAGAUGCGAUGGAUGCGUCCAGGAGGGCGUCGGCUUUGGCCAGGCUUCAAGGAAGCCGGGACUUCACGGCCCAUCGCCUUGACAUGGCCUAAUCGAUCGCACAAUCUCCGUCCGGCCUUGGCUAUGUCAAGAUCGCUGCACAUUCCCUCCGCCGCUAUGCCUCCCAUCAUAUUCGCAGGGCUGUUCAUGACCCUGUGGUGCUGGAAAUGCACCAUGUUGAUCCUGUUCCAGAACCUCAUCAUCUACAACCCCUACAUGCCGCCCAAUGCGAGGAGCAUGCUCAUCUCCGACUUUGCCCGGCAAUGCGGCGGGGUAGAAUGGCGUGAGCAGCGCAUAGAGUCGUUGGACAGGAUAGAGAUUGCUCUCUGCGUGAGUGAGAUGUCGGCCCGAGGAGCCGCCAGAUCGGGUAGCACUGCAUCUCAGACUCCAGUCUACAUUCUCUACUUUCAAGGCAAUGCCUCGUCACUGCCCCCUCGACUGCCGGAUAUUUCGUGGGUGCUGCGCCGCCUGAGAGACGGCGAAGAAGCGGUGCACUAUACGACAGUUUGCCUGAGCUACCGCGGAUUCUGGACCUCGCACGAUCGACCUUCGGAGACGGGCAUCAACAAGGAUGCUGUGGCGGCGCUUCAAUGGAUAUCGAAGCUCCAUCGAAGCAAGGACGCUGCGCGCAAACUACCGGAACCGGUCGUGAUACUCUGGGGACAGAGCAUCGGCUGCGGCUUCGCGACCAACCUGGCCGCACGGUCAGAGUCGUCUUCAACCUUGAAUAUCAACGCGCUGGUGCUCGAAACACCCUUUACCAACACACGAGCGAUGCUCAAGGCCAUCUAUCCUCAGCGGUGGCUACCAUACCAAUAUCUGUGGCCAUUUCUUCGCACCCAGCUGGACUCGUGGAAGAACCUUGGCACGAUAACUCGCAGACACACGCGUCGCCUGCCCGAGGUGUACAUUGUCGAGGCAGCCAAGGACGAGCUCGUGCCACAAGAUCACGGCGCCCUGCUGGAAGAGCGAUGUGCAGAUGUUGGACUCACGGUACACCGGCGUAGGGUGCGAGGGGCACUACACAACGAUGUGUCGGUACGACAGGAGGGCAAGCGAGCAUUGGCCGAGUCUAUACUGUUGGCCAUUCGCUCCGCCACACAGGCAUCGAAGCAACCCUGAGUCCGGCGCAACGAGGCGAGAAAGCCUUCGGGUUUGGGAGAGACAAAACCCCGGCGUUUAGGAUAAAUAUCAAAGGUCGCCGCCAGGCAUCGACUACGCGUAUGCUAGCCUGGGUAUGUGGUCAAAUUCUGAAGCCCACGCCCUGGCCAGCGGCGGCGAAUUGGGUCUGCUCAUACUCAACUACUACCACACCGCAAGGGCGACCUUGCUUUUACACCGGCGCCAUGGCGAAAAGACCAGUCACAGGUGGGUGGGGGAGCUGGACUGGCCGUGUACCCAGCGCGGGCAAGCCAUCCUUGCCUCGCCCGCCAAAAGAAACGGCACCGCGUGCGGUGCGCCGCGCCCAUGUUGGCCGUUCACCUGCGCUUGUGAGGAUGAGAUAGCGAACGAGACGACAGCGCAGCCACAGCAGCACAGCGAACGUCUCAGAUACCCCCCAAUUGAUUUCAAUUGACCAUGAUUGCGUCCAGCUACGAGAAUCCGAG